AUGAAGCGGCAGAACGUGCGCACGCUGGCGCUCAUCGUGUGCACCUUCACCUACCUGCUGGUGGGCGCCGCGGUCUUCGACGCGCUCGAGUCGGAGCCCGAGAUGGUGGAGCGGCAGCGGCUGGAGCUGCGGCAGCAGGAGCUGCGGGCGCGCUACAACCUCAGCCAGGGCGGCUACGAGGAGCUGGAGCGCGUCGUGCUGCGCCUCAAGCCGCACAAGGCCGGCGUGCAGUGGCGCUUCGCCGGCUCCUUCUACUUCGCCAUCACCGUCAUCACCACCAUCGGCUACGGCCACGCGGCGCCCAGCACGGACGGCGGCAAGGUGUUCUGCAUGUUCUACGCGCUGCUGGGCAUCCCGCUCACGCUCGUCAUGUUCCAGAGCCUGGGCGAGCGCAUCAACACCCUGGUGAAGUACCUGCUGCACCGCGCCAAGAAGGGGCUGGGCAUGCGGCGCGCCGACGUGUCCAUGGCCAACAUGGUGCUCAUCGGCUUCUUCUCGUGCAUCAGCACGCUGUGCAUCGGCGCCGCCGCCUUCUCCUACUACGAGCACUGGACCUUCUUCCAGGCCUACUACUACUGCUUCAUCACGCUCACCACCAUCGGCUUCGGCGACUACGUGGCGCUGCAGAAGGACCAGGCGCUGCAGACGCAGCCGCAGUACGUGGCCUUCAGCUUCGUCUACAUCCUCACGGGCCUCACGGUCAUCGGCGCCUUCCUCAACCUCGUGGUGCUGCGCUUCAUGACCAUGAACGCCGAGGACGAGAAGCGCGACGCCGAGCACCGCGCGCUGCUCACGCGCAACGGCCAGGCGGGCGGCGGGGGCUGCGGCGGCGGCGGCGCGGGCGGCAGCGCGCACACCACGGACACCGCCUCGUCCACGGCGGCGGUGGGCGGCGGCGGCGGCGGCGGCGGCGGCUUCCGCAACGUGUACGCCGAGGUGCUGCACUUCCAGUCCAUGUGCUCGUGCCUCUGGUACAAGAGCCGCGAGAAGCUGCAGUACUCCAUCCCCAUGAUCAUCCCGCGGGACCUCUCCACGUCCGACACGUGCGUCGAGCAGAGCCACUCGUCGCCGGGAGGGGGCGGCCGCUACAGCGACACGCCGUCGCACCGCUGCCUGUGCAGCGGGGCGCCGCGCUCGGCCAUCAGCUCCGUGUCCACGGGCCUUCACAGCCUGUCCACCAUCCGCGGCCUCAUGAAGCGCAGGAGCUCGGUGUGAUCGUCCCGCGGUGCCUGGAGCACCUGGGAGCGCGGGCUGGGGGCUCCCGCCCCUGGGAGCAGCAGCAGGGGGUCGGCGAGGAGGCCCGGCAGGUGACAUGCCCCCAGCACCCCUCACCAUUCUCCCCCAGCCCCCCAUCUCCGACUGUGCCUGCUCACACCAGCCGGCAGGAGGCCGGGCUCUGAGGACCCCUGGAGCCCCCAUCCGAGCCCUGCAAAUUCCGAGAAAUGUGAAACUUGGGGGGCGGGGGGGCUCCGGGAGGGAGGGCAAAAGCUGGGAGCCUUCCAUUCCUUUGGAAAUCUACGGAGCUCCCCAGUCCUCGGAGGCCCUGCUUGUACCCAGACCCCCACCUCUGGAGGAGACUUCCUGUUCCGUGUACGUUUGCAUCUCUAUUUAUACCUCUAUCCUGCCAGGUCUCCCACUUCCCUUGGCUCCAAAAGCCAGGUGUCUUUGUCCAGGUCACCCCCACUCAGUCCCACUCUCCUUCCUCAUCCCCAGCUGUAUCUCCCAACCUCACACUACCUUUCGUGUUGUUUUGCAUGGCUUUGCAGUUAUGGAGAAAGUGGAAACUCAGCAGUCCCUAAAGCUAUUCCCCAGAGGGCAGGGCAGAAAGGAAGAAAGGACAGUCAGGCAGGCAGGAGCAGGAGAGAAGGGAGCCGGGGAGGCAGUGGCUCUCCAGUUUGCAGGGGCUGGUAGGUGAGAGAUAACUGGCCUCUAGCCACAUUCUCUUAGGGGUUUGGGGGAGUCCAGCUUUCCAGACACUGCCCUUAGAAUCUGGAACAGAACACGUCAGACUUGCCAUCCCCAGCUAUUGCUGAUAAUUACCAACUCGUAAAUUUGUGGAUUUUUAGCCUCUGAAAACCUUGUCCUGACUACUUGUCCGUUCAAGUCUCACAACACCCCAAUUAGGUCACCAGGGCAGGAGUUCUUAACCCCAUUUUACAGAUGAGGACACUGAGGCCUGGACAGGUGAAGUGACUUGCCCAAGGUGAUACAGACAGCAAAAGGCAAAGGGGAGCAGGAACCCAGCCUGCUUGUUGCCAGCUGAAGAGCUCUUUCCUCCCAGCUCAGCUGCUCUCAAAAGCAAAGCUUCUACCCUGCACACCCUGGCAUUGUGUGAGUAGCUGACGCUUAAACCAGAACCAGAAGCUCAGGGCUGGGCCACUGCUGAGGCUCAGCCUCUGCUACUCUUGGCCAGGAGGCAGGGGCUCUGAAUGGGCCUCUGAGGGUAGGGCCCCCUUGUCUCUGGGCUCUCUGCUUACAAACAGGGAAAUCCUUGGGACCAAGAUAGGCAAGGCUGGAUUUCAUGGAAGAAAGGCCAGGAGCUGGGGUUCUAGGAGUUUGAGAAUUGGGCAGAGCAGCCAAAAGAGCUAGCAGGCAUAUCCUACUAGGACAUUAUCCCUGGCCCCACAGCCAGUGUUGGUGCCUGUGUCCCAAGUAGCUGGAGGUAAGCUCAGGCUGCAGCAAGGAACAUCCCUCCCAGGUGUGUGUGGGGGGGGUGGUUGGGCCUGGUGUGCCCUUUGCCUACCCCACCAGCAACCCAGAAGCCCAGUG